ACGUUUUUAAAAAAGAAUUGUAAUUCGCUACAUUUUAAAUCAUAUCCGUUACUGAGUAAAAAUAAAUUAUAGGCUUAAAACAUUAAAAAUAUUGCGUGUUGCAGCGUCAGAACAGAAAGAGACAACUGCAUGAGCGCCACCUCUAAACCGGGGGGUACACUUGAUAACGAGGACAAACAGCCAUUUUUACCACAGUUUUGCUCAAAAACAUCAGUUCAGUCCCUGUGAUCCACUCGCUGUUUACCUCCUUUUUUUAUAUAUAUAUAUUUUUACUGUGUUUGGCGUCAUUGCGGGUCUUCUGAGUUCAGCUCAUGACACUUUUAGCAUAGAGCUGCAUGCAUAUAAGGGCUGAACGAUUAACUGCAUGUGCAAUUAAAUUGCGAUGUGACAAAAGGAGAUUUUCUAAUCGCCAAGGCUGCAAUUUGGCAGCGAGUGGUUAGCGCAAUGCUAAUAUACGUGGAAAAACCCAUAGGAAUGCUAAUGCUAAUAUCACCGAUUACAUUUUUACAAAUUAUGAAUUAGAAACGUGCCAAAUGAUUACAUUUGUAGUCUAAUAGAAAGUAAAACUACCAUCAAUCCAAUAAGUACAGACAGGUAUUUUAGUAAAGCCAGAAAACUUUUAACUCCAGAGUUUUGGCUAGCAGCUAUGAGCGUAACUGAACUACGCAUGGACAAGACGUCAAAAACAACACAAAAUACUUCAAUAAACGGGACACACUUCUUUCCUUCAAAUUCAAUUUCACAGGUGUUGCUAAUACCUAUGAUCCUUCAAGGGACGUGCUCAAAGAGGAGUUCAACAUUAUGAAUACAAUAUAGUGUUUUAUUGUACAAAUACCAUUAUAAACACAAACGUACAUCUUAAGAAACAUUAUUUUAAUAACGAAACUGCUAAAUUCUUUCCAACAGUAUAGAUGUGUAGUGUAUUUUGUCCGAGUGGGUUUGCCGUACUUUGACGUCAUCGGCAGUCAAAGGACCCCGAGCCGAUCUUGCACCCGAGCAGAUCUUGUACUGGCACCGGUAAUCACCCGGAUCUGGCUAAUGGGGAGCCUAAGUCUCCUCCCCUUCUGGCUGGCUCAUGGGUCCCCGAUCAAAAAAAAAAAAAAAAAAAGAAAACAGAAUGUUAAUGAACUGGGCUAUAAAAGUUAUUUUCUUGUCUUUCUGGGCUUUGCCUUACACCCUGAGUCACAUCUGUCAGGCUUUUCUAAUCCUAGAGUUUCACCGUCUAUCAGAUUUUCUAUCAAAGCUAAUGUAGGAGAUAGCGGUAAGAGACUAUGUUCAUGUUCAGCCUGCAUGAAACACUCAGUGACACGUUAGAAUCAGAAAUAAUUAUUAAAUGUAUUUUUUUCAGUGAGGUUGACCUAUAUAUAUUGACCUACAACAGAUUUGUUAGAUUUCCAAAAUGUGUUCCCACUCUUCCCACCAUUUGUCUUUUCCUUUCUCUUUCACCUCUGUCUCCGUGCCUGGUCGGAAUUACAAAGCAUUCAAAAACAAUAACAAUAAAAUUUGAAGUAUCAGGCGUGACAUUAAAAGCGGACGCUUUGAUGCUCCACCUGAGAAUAAAUCUGUAAGGCUUGUUACCAGCAUUCAUACAUCAAUUCUACUUGCCUCAGAGCCAGACAGGACACGGUUAAAAAAAAAUCCAAAAUGUGUCCCCCCCAAUAUUAAACUCGUUCCUACGCCCUUGCCUUUUACUGUUACCUCGGACCGGGAACGGGCCAGAAGCGCGUUCUUUACGCGCAUAUGCUCGCGCACUAUGUUGUGCGCGCGCGCCGCUCGGCCCCGUGCUGCAGGUAGUAGCUCCGCCCCCUCCGUCCUGGCUGUCGCACAAUAACUGCUGCUGCUCGCGGGGCUCCGGGGUUACAGUCCUUCACCACCUCUGGGGCUACACCGCCGGUUACUCCUCCUCGGCCCACAGUUUUGAAACACCCGGCUAUGAAUCCAGUUCCAGUCUGGAUGAACCGGACACUGCCGUUCCUAAUCAUGUGAAAGUUACGGAUCCACCUUGUCCCGUCCAUCAGGCUCUGUUACUCAUGUCUGGCUUCAGAUCAGUAAAACAUGCAGUCAAUGUUCUCAACCACUCAGAAGCAGAUGUAAACCCAUCCAUCCAUUCUCAUCCUCUUAUCCGGAGUCGGGUUGCGGGGGCAGCAGCCUAAGGCGAGAGGCCCAGACUUCCCUCUCCCCAGCCACUUGGGCCAGCUCCUCCGGGGGAAUCCCAAGGUGUUCCCUGUCCAGAUCUGUGCUGAGUCGGCCCGCACCCGCUGACCUCUGACCCAUGGACGUGAUGAUGAUGACGAGAAAGAAGUCCAAGCUGCAGAUGUCGAAGUGUGACAAGAUGAUUCUCGGAUCACACUGAGGAGCUUUUUGGGGGAAUUCUUGAAUUUUUGGGAUAGAGAAUGUUUUAGUUUUAACUGAAAACUAAACGUGAAAUCUUCCAUUUACUGGAUUGUCAAACUGAAGGAUCCCAAAACACGGAGCAGCUGGAAUAGAAGUGAAAUCCUCUUUCAGAAGAUCUACUGUUGGAACAAAUCAUACUGGAAUGUUUUCUUAAAUCAUUUUAGAGUUUUACUUCCUGCUUGAACAUUUCUGCUCCUUUCUGUUUUCUCUUGUUGGAGUUUUAUUAUAUUUUUGUUUGCAUUCUGUCGACUGGAGGAAAUGGAUCUGUGGCUACCAGAAACAGGAAGCUGAUUCCUAAGGUAUUCCCACAAAAGCAGCAGGAACAUGUCCUGGAAAAGAAACUAUUUUGCAUCCAGCAGAUGUGAAGGAGGGAUGCAAGGGAUCCUGACGCCUCGUACCAUGACAUCCAUUGCUCCCAGUAAGGGGCUGAGCAACGAGCCGGGUCAGAACAGCUGCUUCCUGAACAGCGCCCUACAGGUCUUGUGGCACCUGGAUAUCUUCCGCCGUAGUUUUCGCCAGCUGACUUGUCACAAGUGCAUGGAUGACUCGUGUAUCUUCUGUGCUCUGAAGAGCAUCUUUGCUCAGUUCCAGUACAGCAGUGAGAAAGUUUUACCAUCUGACGCCCUCCGCAGCGCCCUCGCCAAAACCUUCCAGGACGAGCAGCGCUUCCAGCUCGGCAUCAUGGAUGACGCUGCGGAAUGCUUUGAAAACAUCCUGAUGAGGAUCCACUUUCACAUCACAGAUGAGACCAACGAGGACAUCUGCACAGCCAGACACUGCAUCCCCCACCAGAAGUUUGCCAUGACGCUCUUUGAGCAGUGUCUCUGUAGCAGCUGUGGGGCGUCGUCAGACCCACUGCCCUUCAUUCAGAUGGUCCAUUACAUCUCCACCACCUCUCUGUGUAACCAGGCUGUGAAAAUGUUGGAGUCGAGGGAAAAGGCAACUCCUAGUAUGUUUGGGGAGCUGCUCCGCAACGCCAGCAUGGGAGACCUGCGCAGCUGUCCUAGUCAGUGUGGUCAGCAGCUCCGUAUGGCCCGUGUUCUCCUCAACAGUCCAGAGAUCAUCACCAUCGGUCUGGUCUGGGACUCUGACCACUCAGACCUGGCUGAGGAUGUCAUCCACACUCUGGGGACCUGCCUGCGCCUCGGAGAUCUAUUUUACCGGGUGACGGAGGAAAAAGCUCGGCAGUCGGAACUUUACCUGGUGGGGAUGGUCUGUUACUACGGGAAACAUUACUCCACCUUCUUCUUCCAGACUAACAUCAGGCGAUGGAUGUACUUUGAUGAUGCACAUGUGAAGGAGAUUGGCCCCAAAUGGAAGGACGUGGUGUCUCGCUGCAUUAAGGGCCACUACCAACCUCUGCUGCUGCUGUACGCCGACCCUCGUGGGACGCCAGUGUCUGUGCAGGACCUGCCCUCAGGCCUCGACCUGCAGCAUCUGGACCGAGCCUGCUACGACAGCGAAGACUCGGGUCGAGAGCUGUCCAUCUCCAGCGACACUCGAACGGACUCAUCCACCGAGAGCUACUCUGGCCGACAGCCCUCCCACCUGCACCACGAGUCCCUGGCGAGUCACUACUCGUCUGACUCCCAGGGAACUGUCAUUUGCACGGGAAGACCCGACAGAACCAUUCACACCUCACUCUGCAGCCUGGAUACCUUAGGCCACGUGACGGACGGUGAGCAGCACCAGUCACUGAAGAGAGGAGGUGGGUCCAGGGAUAAGAGGCAGACCUCGAACCGGUCCUGGCGAACAAAACCCGACAGCGAAGCCUCAUCAGCUGGUUACCACAGUGAGGGAGAAACUUUAAAUGAGCAGCAGGUUCCUCGUCACCUCCACAAGCUUUCCUCCUCCCUCUCCUCUACCAGUCGCCUCCGAGACUUUAAGGAGACCGUGACCAACAUCAUCCGGCCCCUCUCCUCCUCCUCUUCUUCCUCCCUGCCAGCUGCCUCCUCUGAAAUCUCCAUUUCUGGUCAGCACCUCUCUGCUGCAAAUGCAGCUCUGAGCUCUUCCUCAAGUAAACUGCCAGACUGGGAGGCAGACAGCACAAGCAGCGAGUCCAAGUCCAGCUCUUCUGGAGGAGGUGUGGCAGGGAGGUACCGGCCAGCAUGGAGGCCACGGAGGGAGGCCCUUAACAUUGACACUAUAUUCUGCCGAGAGAGGCGCAGACAGGCAGGAUACAGCCCCCUCGGGUGUCCCCCAUCUGAAGACUCUGGAGCUCUUGACCGUGAAGGAGCAGACAAAUCUUUCACAGUCCAGGAAGAGGUGAUGUCUGUCAGGCCGGGCUCCUCCAAGACUCUGCCCAGCUGCUUCAGAGAAGCUAAGCUUCCUCCUCCUCCUCCCCCUCCCCCCAGGCUGAUUCAGAGGAUAGAGAGUGGCUACGAGAGCAGCGAGAGGAAUAGCAGCAGUCCCGUCAGCCUGGACUUGACCUUGGGGUACAGGGAGUUCGCUGUGAAGAAGCCUUUGUCCUCCUCCUACUCUUCGUCAGGGCCGUCCUGGAAGAACAUCAGGUCCAAGAGCAGUGCCUCGUUGCUGCAGGAGCUCAACUUGUCUAACAUGGAGAGCUCUGCUCCCUCUGCUGGACGUAGUGAGCUGGAUGAGCUGCAGGAGGAGGUUCUUAGGAGAGCAAGGGUGGAGGAGCAGCAGCGACAGCAGGAAAAGGAGAGGGAAGCGGCGCUUGGCUUCAACCCAAGACCCAGCAAGUACCUGGACCUGGACCAGCUGCAGAUCCAAGGUAAAAGUGAUAGCUUUGACAGGUGUGUGUCGGAAGCAGAGCUCUUGCUGGACCAAUCAUUACGUUUGGAGCAGGCGGGUGAAGUUGCAGCGGCGCUGUCGGCCGUCAACGAAGCUGUCUCCAAACUGCGGCUGGUGGCGGCUGAGGGUGGAGCUAGUAGUCACAGCCGACUGCAGCGCUGCCUAAAGAGAGCCCGAAGCCUGCAGCAGCGCAUGCAGCUGCAGCAGCAGAAGCAGCAGCGUGACUCAGAGGCAGACAGAGAGCUGCAGGAGGAGGAGCAGCAGCUCCUGGAACAGCCCAGUGAAAAGCCUUUCAGAGUACUUCUGACAGACACCCAGGACAACCAGUCAGCUGCCAAUCAGGCUCCGCCUCCCAUGACCUGUCUUGUUAAGCCCCUCCCUCCCAAAUCUAUUUUGCUUUUCGAGCCCCUCCCCACUUCUGCAGCAUCCUCACAUACGGAGGACGGCAGAAACCGGAGCCCCUCCCCUUACUUUGGGAAUCCCCUCUGUAACUCUAGGUCUCUCCCUACUUUAUGUGUGGACACAUCCCUGAAAGACUUGGCUGCUCCCCCUCCACCUGAAGAGGAUUGGUCCAAUCCAUCACAAGCACUGCCUCCACCCAAGCCACACCCAUGUACUCCAUCACCUGUUGGUACCAAUGGCAGAUGUCAUAUGAUGAUGGAAGCAGAGCAAUGUUUCACCAGAUAUCCUGAGGACACACUUCCUGAUCCUAGCCACACCCAAAUAUUAGCCCCUCCCUCCCAUCCCACCAGGAAGUGGUCCUGUUUAGCCCUGGACCAGUCUGAUGUUGUGGACUCUUCUGAUCCAGUUCUUAGCUCACCCUUUUAUUCACCGUCAGACUCCCCCAACAAGGCCCCCUCUGAGACCUGGUACAGUCAGACCUCCUCCCUGCCCCACAGUCUGGACUACAGAGCUGCCUUGCCAGUGGAGCGCUGGGCAGAAAAUGUCAACAGGUACUACAGCUCCCAGAAUACAGUGGGAGAUGGAGCAGGGUUGCCUUCGGAUAGCCAGGAGCUCUCAGAGCUGGACACACUGUACCAGGCCAGUCUGCUGGCUCCCAGCAUGCCCCGGGGCCACCGCGGCGUAAGCCCUCAGCCAGCUGGCAGCAGACCAGGUGUGAGGAGGAUGUCAGCAGGAUCUGGCCGGUCCAAAACUCCGACAGCUGAGAUUGAGAGAUGUGCCUACAGAACUCCAGUCACACCUGUGCAGCCGCCUGCAGGUGAAGACGAGAGCUACAGCGCUGAAAACCUGCGGCGUCUCGCGCGCAGCCUGAGUGGUACCGUCAUCGGGUCAAGACCUCGGCACCCUCCACAUGGCUGUGAUCCCCCCCUCUCCAGACCCCCCCUCAGUUACUCAGACCUUCAUUCCUCCCUCCAUCACCCCUCCACCUCCUCCACAGCACAUCACUCCUUCCACCAACUCCACGGCCCCCCAGCUCCACUGCACCCCCACACGCAGCCAUCACGGCCCCCCAGCUCAGGGUUCUCCUCCCAGGGACACUCAGGAGCCCCGAGGCCCCCCCAGCAGCAGUUUGUGGUUGUGUGUAACAGGAGUCCACCUCCCUCGGCUCUCCACAGUGUCGCCCUGAGCUACAGCACUCUUCCUCGGGCUCCCCAUCACACUGCUCCUCCCUCCUCCUCCUGCAAUUCCUCCCUCCCCAGACCCAGAGCUGGUCCUGCUCCCCCACCAGGUCUACAGAGACUCUACGCCACUCUGGCCCCCCAUCAUCUCUCCAUAAACACCUCCAGCACCAACAGGCACCAGCGCCAGGCAUCUCUGCCAGGGAGAGCCAGCGGGAGCGUCGCCUAUGCUCCACAGCGCUCCGGAGGACAGGGAGAUGGAUCUCAACCGCUCCGCCUAGAUAUGCCCCCAGAGACCGACUGGCGGCGCGAAGCCGACUUUAGAAACAGUCCGUACAGCUUGGUUCGGUGCCAUCCGCCCCCUCAGCGGUCCAACAGAGACCCCUACAGAGCCCCCCAGGUCUGUUCGCUCUGCCAGCAUCUUCCCGCUGAGCCGUCAUGCCCGUUCUGCUCAUCCUGCAGAACCCGUCUGUCCAGGCUUCGUCUCAGCAGCAAAUGAUGAAAGCUGCAUGGACUCACUGCGGUGUAGGCUGAUAAGCUUCAGAGGAGCUAGAGCCUCCGACCCAAAGCUGACCUACGGACAGAACUCAGAGAUGGGUCUCUGCUGAAUGGAGACGCAGACAGUUGGACUGGUGGGUCAGAAUAGUCAGACUCAGAGAACUGCAAGGAUGUGUCAGAUUUUUAUUUUGAUUCAAAUUAAAUUUAGAUAAUCUAGAAAUGAAAAGGCUCCUAACCCAAUCUGAUGAUGUCAUUAACACAAAUAAUCAAUGCUAGUUUAUCUCAGUAUUUAUUUGAAAUGUAACUUAAACUGUUAGGAGACUGAAACAGAACGAGAACAUCCUGAUAUUUGAUCUGUUUCAGCCUCUGCAGCAGCAAAAACGACAGCUGUGAGCCUCAUGCUCAGCUGUUCCUGAGUCUCCUGGUUCGGGUCCAGUCCCAGUUAACAUGACUGUCCCUAAAUGGAUCCUGUCUGCUGCUGAAUAUGAAGGACCAGAAGAAGAAUGGACUUCCUGUAUUCUGUCUGGUUAAACCGUCUUUUAUCUUGUUUCCUGUAGGCUCGCGGCUCUGCGUUGUGCGUAGAUGAUCUCAGCUGAACUCACCAGAUCUUUUCUCGUCUUGUUUGGGACGUGCCGCCUUUAGAUUCAAAUUGAAGCUUUAUUUUAACAAGAGUUGCCGCUAAUAUUUAGCAUGAUGUUUAUUCUAGCCUGGAUGUUUUGUUCUUAGGGCGAUGCCUCUGCUGCUCCCAGCUCUGAUUUAGUGCACUUUAGAAGUGUUAAUGGUAGGUUUAUUUUUGGCUUCCUGGGGUCUCCUGUCCCUUCCUGGGAACAGUUUCUGGUUAAACGAUGAAGGAAUAUUAAAACCACACAAGUCCUAGUCCCAUCUUCUCACACCCCACAUACCUGGGCCCUCAUUUAUCAAACAUUUGUAGAAACUGUCCUAAAUUCCUUCCUACGCAUAAAAUUUUGAAUUUUCAUAUGAACAGUCAAACUCCAGAUUUAUGAAACAUGCAGUGACCUCUCGUACGCACGUUCCUCUGCAAACGUCUGAUGAUAAAUCCCACCUGUGCGUACCCAGGUGCUCAUUCUCAGUCAUUUACAUACAGAAACGCCCUCAAUUAACCAUAUUUGGUCAAGCUGCAUCCUCUGCAAUUUAGGGAAUAGGGAGCCUAAGUCUCCUCCCUUUCCGGUUGGCUCAAGGGUCGCUGGAAGAACGAUAAAAUGAAUGCAAGGCAACGGGGCUAAAAGAGCUACUUUCUAAUCCGCUUUGCCUUAGACCCUGGAUUGCACAUGUUGUACUUAUAUUUAAAUGAAAACUAAUGAUGGGUGUUUCGACCACGCCAGUCAUGUACUUUGAGAUUUAUCAGCUUGUAAAAGUUCGUAAUUAGCAUGACUACACAUCAGACAUCGGCAUGUUGCAUGAGUCUUCUACUGAUGAGAGGAUUUCUUCUGUCAGUGGAAGGACCAGGUGAGUUGUUGCUUUAGUUCCUAGAAACUUGUGCCUGGACUGUAGUGACCUCGUCGUCGUCGUCUUCCUCCGCUUAUCCGGGUCCAGGUCGUGGGGGCAGCAUCCCAUCUAGGGAGCUCCAGGCUGUCCUCUCCCCGGCCUUCUCCACCAGUUCCUCCAGCAGAACCCCAAGGCGUUCCUGGACCAGAUUGGAGAUGUAACCUCUCCAACGUGUCCUGGGUCGACCUGGGGGCCUCCUGUCGGCAGGACAUGCCCGAAACAUCUCCCCGGGGAGGCGUCCCGGAGGCAUCCUGACCAGAUGCCCAAACCACCUCAACUGACUCCUUUCGAUCCAGAGGAGCAGCGGUUCUACUCCGAGUCCCUCCCGGAUGUCCGAGCUCCUCACCCCAUCUCUAAGGCCGAGCCCGGCCACCCUACGGAGGAAACUCAAUUUGGCCGUUUGUAUCUGCAAUCUCGUUCUUUCGGUCAUUACCCAAAGCUCAUGACCAUAGGUGAGGAUUGGGACGUAGAUCGACCAGUAAAUCGAGAGCCUGGCUUUCUGGCUCAGCUCCCUCUUCCCCACGACAGAUCGGCUCAGCGUCCGCAUCACUGCAGACGCCGAACCAAUCCGCCUGUCAAUCUCCCGAUCCCUCCUACCCUCACUCGUGAACAAGACCCCAAGAUACUUAAACUCCUCCACUUGAGGUAGGACCUCUCUCCCGACCCAGAGUUGGCAAGCCACCCUUUCACGGUCGAGAACCAUGGUCUCAGAUUUGGAGGUGCUGAUCCUCAUCCCAGCCGCUUCACACUCAGCCACGAACCUACCCAGCAAGAGCUGAAGGUCAGAGCUGGAUGAAGCUAGGAGGACCACAUCAUCCACAAAAAGCAGAGACGAGAUUCUCCUGCCACCAAACUCGACACACUCCACACCACGGCUGCGUCUAGAAAUUCUGUCCAUAAAGGUGAUGAACAGAACCGGUGACAAAGGGCAGCCCUGGCGGAGUCCAACCCUCACUGGGAACAGGUCCGACUUACUACCGGCUAUGCGGACCAAACUCACGCUCCUCUGGUAAAGGGACUGAAUGGCCCUUAACAGAAAGCCACCCACCCCAUACUCCUGGAGCGUCCCCAACCCCGUCCCCCCCCCCAAGGGUGUAGUGACCUGUUAUUUAUAAUAAGUUAAUAAAUACACUAAACCCACAGUACGUGAUAGAAAAUAAGAUUUAUAAAGUCUGAAUAUGUUUUCCCGCAGCUCAGCUCUGUUAAAUAAGCAGAUGGCUGCUUAAGCUGGACAAUAUAUAAGAAGGUGUUCACAGCUAACUAAUCUUUUAUUUAAAAAAGAAUAUUAAUUUUUAUUUUAAUAUUUAAUUUCUAAGGUUUGGAUGUCUGUGAACAUUACAUAUGUUUCUGAUUAGUGUAAAAAAGGUAAUACAAUGCAAGAUAUUCUUAAUAACAGGUCUGGAUGUGGUUCGGUCUGAGGAAUAAAACUCUGCCCUGGGCCUAAAGCCCUACAGAUAGAUUUAGUUUCUAUAAACACCACCAACAAAUAAACAACAACUGGAAUCUGCUUUGUUCCUUAAACUGAAUCACGUAGUUUAGUGAGUUCUGCACGCUCAUACGUUCAACAGCGUCUUUGCCAGCUGAUUGGUUCUUUUGGUAGAUCAGUUCAUUUGGCCCCAGUUAUGUGUCUGCAUACCCCUCCGAAAGUAGUCGUGCCCCUGAUUGGAUUCAUGUGGUUUAUCUGUCGCUCCACAAAGGGUCCCAAAUCACUCCAGAAGAUCUCCUUCAGGGAGAUCAGUGCGCCCACGAAGGACGCGUUCCCUCCAGAGAUCACGCUCUGCCAAAUCCUCCAAUAACAGGAAGACAAAACAAUCUUUCAUAGCGCUUCUCACGCAAAAUCAUGUGGCGCUUCGCAAGGACAAUACAAUGAAUUUUAAAAAAUAAUUAAUGAAAAUAUUUAAAAAGAUUAACACCAUCAUAAAAGUGAGAAGUGUAAUAAUUGUGAUUACAAAAUAACAGGAAAUCAGCCAUUCUACGAUGUCAGAUUCCCGUCAGUCACGGGUGUUUUAGCACCAAUUCUGUGACCGCCAUUUUUACACCAAAAUAAACAUUUAUUAGGUAAAAUAAUUUGUGGAUGACGAACAUGUUGACUGAGACCUUUGCUAUUGUAGAUCCCCCAUUCUACCACUAGAAUCUGUUUGUAAGCAUGGUCUGAGCUCUUAUAUUUAGGAACAUUUCUGAGCACAAGUACCAAUUGGUAAAUACCACACAAUGUGUGAAAUUGUCCUUAUGCUCGAAUUAUGCACAGAUCUGUUAUUAAGCAUGGUUGAUAAAUGAGGGCCCUGGUGUUACAGAUCUGAUCUGAAGGUAAAAGUUGCAUUAAUGUUAGUUCCUCCUCUAAUGCUACCGAAGCUAAACUCCAAACUUCCCCUUAGUUCAAGUUUGUUUCAGAUCAAACAGUGAUGUUUUCAUUGUGUCAGAGUUUCUUUAGUUUUUGCUUUCUGCUUUGCCAGAUAUUCUGUUGAGUUUUGGAAUAUUUUUGAUGCUUAUUUUUCUACAUUGUCCACUAAACUGAGACAAUACGAUGAUUAAAACAUUUGAAGCUCCA